CAACCCUCGUUCUGUGCCCGCAUCUCGGGCCAUAUAUCUGAGACACUGUUCAUCCAAGGAAACGUGCAAGCCUUGUGUUUGGUACACAGCGCUGUUUGAUGCAGGCGAAUGUUAUGUCCGAGAUGCGGGCGCUUGGGCGAGCGCUCCCGGCAUUCUCCGCACCCCCUCGGCAUUCUCCGUCCAUCCCUGCGUCGUCUGCCUGGGUUGUGCAGGAGUGCAGCUUGCCUCCAACGCUCGAACAUCGCACGUUCGCUACUUGCUCUCUACGAAAUGAACGGUUGCUUCCCGGGACCGACUCGCUGGUGGGACUCGUUGGUGCCUGCAUCUUUCAUUCUAGGGUACGGGCUCUAUGCGCUCGGGUCUCGAACAGAAUUGUUCGUCAAUUCCUGGUCAAGUUCAUCCACUCCACCUCGGUUCCUCAGAGGCCUCGACUCAGAUCCGUUGGGGAAAUUUUCAUUCAAGUUGAGUUGAGUUGCUGGGCCUGGGCUCUAUGUAUGCUCGUGACGAGCGGUGGGCGAAAUUCUUUGGUAAGCCGUGGGGCGGUGUCAAUUUGCUGGGACUUUCUCAUACCCGGUGUAGCAGUCCAAGUGUAUGGUGAUGACCUCGCGUUCAUUACUGGCGGGUUUUACGGAACGCUUAUUCUUCUCAAUGACAUCGUGCCACAUCAUGCGGUACGUUCGAUUCCUGCAACGAACAUGGCAGCAACCAUGCGCGCGCGGCCUCCCCGGACACCUAGCUGUGGACAUCUGCAAAGCGGUCAGCGCUGACAGGGCUAUGACUGUUUCCACGUGCAUCAGGACCGGACAAGGCACUCUCCUGGCCGUCUCGGUAUGUCGUGGAGAACACGCGGACGAGUUUUGUUCUGGACUGCGGUGCUAUCGAUUGCACCGGAAUUGAGACGAACCGCUCUGGCCUCUGCAAAUUGACUUGUUCCUCGGUCGAACCUAAAAGCUUAUUCAGCCUUCGCACCGUUCGCUGGCA